AUGGCAUCAAUAACACCACGAAGAAAUCCCCCAAAGGGCCGGAAGCAUCCAUUUGAGACAUCUUCUGGAAAGCCAUCUAGCGCGUCGUCCAAUAUUAAACGGAACAUUAAUUUAAAGUUAACUAUUCGCUUGCUUCCACCUUCUCUUACUGAAAGUGAAUUUUUGAAUCAGCUAGCGACAUAUUAUCCACAUCAUGCAACAAAGAUUGCGCAUUCUUAUUACAUUAGAGGCUCAUAUCCGUUGAAGCCGUUUGAAAUUCCGGUUUAUUCACGGGCAUACAUUAGCUUUAAUAGUGAAAAUGAUGUGAAUGAGUUCCAAAACCUUUUAAGAGGUAAAUCGUUCUUCGAUGAAACAAAUGACUUGAUGAUACCGAUAAUAGAGAAAUCAAUAUACCAUAAAAUGAUUGAUUCCAAAAAGGGUAGACCUUCUAGUGUUACGACUAAAGGCGUUAAAGGAGGAAUUGAGAAUAAUGAUAUUUAUUUGAAAUUCUUAGCUUAUUUAAAACAUGAACUUGACGAAUUUGAUUUAAUGAAAUUGAGCAAGUCUAUAAAGAAGAAGGUCCCCCCUGAUGAGAACGAAAAGAGAGCAGAGAAAUCUAAAAAGAAGCAAAUAGAAAAAGGGCCCAAACCAAAGUCUAAGAAAGGUCCAGAAGCAGUCCAAGGGGUGGUGGCAAAGAAAGACGUUCAAGAGAAGCAUAAGAUUCAAAUUGAGAAGGUAAAUUAUGAGCCUCAAGCUAGGGAGCAGCCAGAAAAAAAUACGUCCAAGGGUGGCCCUGAGCUAGUUAAGCAUAAAAAGGCUCGUCAGCGUAGAGACAAAUCCAAGAAGCCUAAGCCUGCUGAGGAUUUAUCAGCCAGGAAGCCCGACGGGAAUAGAGCCCAAGUUAACAAGGAACCUGCGGUCGCUAAGGAUACCAAAAAACCUCCACCAACCGCCGAGAAAGAAAUCGAUAACAAACUAUCUAAAUCGAUACCGGAGGGUGAAGUCUCCUUGAAGAAUGAAACUCGAAACAAGCCAACUCGUUCAAGUAGACGAAAAGAUAGCGAGCGAAACAAGGGAGGAAAAUCCAGAGAGAGUAAGUCUGCUUCUCUGAAAGAGCCACCGGAAAGGGAUAGCAAACCUACAGUAAAGCCGAUAGAUCAAAAAGAAGGGAGUCAGAAGGAAGCAAAAACCCUUAGAAAGAGUUCUCAUAAAGAAGCAGAAUCGACUCACGACAAGAGCUCAGCAGGGCAUAAACCACCAACCGCCAAAAAGUCUCAGUCUAGAAAAGACUGGUUACCUCGCCCACGAGUUCAAAAUAAACCAAAAAUGGAAAACGAAUAG